AUGGCCGGUUAUUCGUCACCAUUCCUACGUCAGUUCCCCAUCCUCGCUGUCUCUGACAAGCUAGAUGCUGCCAAGCCAAAGCCAGCACCUACUGGAGUUGACCUGUACGCUCGCUUUGCCGUUGCCGGUGCCGUAUGUUGCAGCGUCACCCAUGGCGGUUUGACCCCUGUGGAUGUCGUCAAGACCCGUAUCCAACUUGAGCCUGAGGUGUACAACAGGGGGAUGAUCACUGCUUUCCGCCAAGUCGUCCAGAAGGAGGGUGCUGGUGCUCUCUUAACUGGUUUCGGACCUACGGUUGUCGGGUAUGCUCUUCAAGGUGCAUUCAAAUUCGGUGGUUACGAGUACUGGAAAAAGACAAUUGUGGAGUCGAUUGGUUUUGAGACCGCUCAGGCCAACCGUACCUCUGUUUACCUCGGUGCUUCCGCUAUUGCCGAGUUCUUUGCCGAUAUCGCUCUCUGCCCUCUCGAGGCCACUCGUAUUCGUCUGGUCAGCCAACCUGACUUCGCUUCUGGGUUGGCUUCUGGAUUCGUUCGUCUCGCCCGCGAUGAGGGUAUAGGCGCCUUUUACGCUGGAUUUGGUCCUAUCCUCUUCAAGCAGGUUCCUUACACCAUGGCUAAGUUUGCUGUGUAUGAGAUGGCCUUCGAAAAAGCCAUUCAAGCCUAUGGCAAGCCAAAACAGAGUCUUUCGCCCAGCGAAACCAGUACUCUCAACUUGGGCUCCGGUCUUAUUGCCGGUUUCGCUGCUGCCAUCAUCUCACAACCUGCAGAUACUCUCUUGUCGAAGAUUAACAAGACUAAGGCUCUUCCUGGGGAGACCAUCACUGGCCGUCUUGUUAAGAUGAGCAAGCAGCUCGGCCCCGUCGGUCUCUUCACUGGAUUGGGUGCUCGUUUGUUCAUGGUUGGUACUCUCACUGCCGGCCAAUUCGCCAUCUUCGGAGAGAUUAAACGUGUCCUUGGUGCCACUGGAGGUGUCGAGAUUGCCAAGGUCACACAAGUCUAAAUAUGAUCACCUGGCUGCUUUCCAUUUAUUCGCGAACCUUGCUCAUGAACGUCUCGUCCUCAUUACCCCAAAACUACGCCACGACUUGGUUUCACUUCUAUUACUCGUUCCUUUAUUACGGCCGUUUCUUUUCUUUGUUGUCCUCCUGUUUAGACGUACCCGUAGACAAACAUACUAUUCCAUUCUAUUUCUCACGAUCGUCUCA